AUGUCUGUCAAGCGAAACGGUUCGGUGGCCGAUGAAAACAGAAAGGAAGAGAAGGAGGGAAUCGAAGAUGCGAGAAAUACCAGUGAAAAUUUCGAUCCACCUGACGGCGGCUGGGGUUGGAUUAUCGUGUUAGCCGCUGGAUUUUCCAAUUUUUGUAUACUACCGACGCUGCAAUCCUUUGGAUUAAUAUUCAGAGACAGAUUCGCGGAGUUGGGCAUCAAUUCGUCCCAAAUAACGACUAUAUUAAACAUACACUUCGCAGUGACUUAUUGUAUCGGAUUAGCUAAUGGCCCACUGUUUAGGAAGUUCAGUUUUAGACAGGUAGCUUUCACAGGUGCACUCCUUUGCGCUGUAUCAGUUACAAUACUGUCUACUAUGGACACGUUUGCCGGUGCUUUGAUCUUUUUUUCUCUUUUAUACGGUGCUGGAAUCGGUAUAACUAUGUCGGCGAAUGGGUUAGCGUUAAACACUUAUUUCAAAAAGAAAAGGAGAAUCGCAACGGGGUUCAGUUGGACUUGCACAGGGAUGGGACCCAUUAUAAUACCACAGGUAAUCACACUUCUGAUGCCCAAAUACGGUAUAGAAGGCACUGUUCUUAUUAUCGGUGGCGUUACAUUUAACUCUGUUGCCUGUGCGCUAUUAUUACAACCUGUGUCCCGACAUAUUAAAAAGAAACGGAAUACGGAUCAGUUAAAUCGCAACGAGGAUGUGGACUGCAAGGAAUCGUCAACAAAAAAUAAUUCGAAAAAAGAAAGAAUAACAUCUUUCCGACUGAUGUUUUGUGAAAAGUUCGGAAGUCAAUAUUUGUAUUACGAUGACGAGGAGGAUGGCGCUUCUGGUAUAGAUGUAAUUGGUCCUAGUGCCGUUAUGAUGUCACGAGCCAAUGACGGUUGGUUUUCUCGAAAAGAUACUUCAACCGUAUCAAUAGCAUCGAAAACAUCGAACAAGGAGAGUACUUCAAAAUGUUCCAGCCAGAGACCACCGUUGACUAUAAGUAGGCAAUCCAGUCUCAAUAGAGGAUCGCCGGUAAGAAAUAUUAAUAGACAACAUGGUGAAACCGAUAGCCACCGAAGAAAAGUUGCCGGACUUCAGUCAGCCGGGGUUCCACGGAUUGUUGUUAAUGAGUCCAGCGAGAAUCCCAAAAAUGGCAACGAUCCAAAUUGUAAUAAAAAAGACGAACAAAACACGCUGAUACCCGAGGAGGAGGUGGAAACUGACCAACUGAUCAAUCAAGGGCACGUUGAAGAAAAACCGAAAUCCUUCUUCAACAAGGUCAUCAUAUUCUUCGAUUUGGAUCUACUUCGUGAUCCCAUUUACGUGAAUUUAAUGUUGGGGGUGACGCUCGCCAGUUUCACCGAGCUGAAUUUCUCGAUCCUGACGCCGUUUAUUCUGGGCGAGUACGGGUACACGAAGGUCCAAGUAGCGACCUACAUGUCGAUUCUCGCCGGUGUCGACGUGGGGACCAGAUUAACAAUUCCUUUUGUAGCCGAUUUCAUUGGAUGGGAGAAUAGGACAUUUUUCCUCGUAGGGAUAUGUGGAAUGGCAGCCGGUCGAAUCGUUCUCGCACACGUAUGGGACUACAGUGUUGCGUUAGCGAUAUCAGUUUUAAUAGGUGUUGGAAAAGGUUUUCGAACGAUUUUCAUGGCUCUCGUGAUUCCGAGUCAUGUUCCUUUAUCGAGGUUACCGGGCGCGACCGGUAUACAAUUAUUGACAAGCGGCAUUGUCGCGCUAGUGUUCGGACCUAUCAUCGGUUGGCUUCGAGACGUCACGUCGGAUUACGCAGUGAUGCUCCACUGUUUAAACAUUUUAACGUUUUACACAACGAUUUCAUGGUGUCUCGAGGUCUUCAUCACGAAACGAAAAUCCAAGAUGGCGGCACAGAAGAAGGAGGCGCAAAAUAAACCAUUGACCGUGUAA